UUAACAUGCAUGAAGUGUAAUUAUAUAAAGAUACCAGGUGAUUUUUAUAACAAAAGUGCAUUAUUAUAUUUUAGAUUUUCACUUAGGUUAGCUUGAUUUAUCUCAUGAAUUCAGUUUUUCAUACUAAAUCAGGGAAAACAAAUCGUUUUAAAACAGCCAUUAAUAUUUUUUGGCUAUUUUUACAAAAUUGUAGUACAUACAAAUUCACACCCAGGCAUUGUUUUAUAUCAAAGAGAUGAAUCCUUCUUUAAAAAUAUAAAUGUCCUGUAUAUUUAUAACCUUAUUCUGGUUAUUAUUUUGCCAAAUACUUGAUAAACACGAUUAUUUUAACACCCUUGAAGAUGAAUCAUCUGCAGAAUAACGUGCUCUGUGACAUUCAUACUGUCGAUGCCCAGGCGGGACAUCUGAAUGAGACAGAAUUAGCCCCUGGGAGGGAGGAUGGGGAGGGCAGCUUCAGUUUGACCCUUUUACUAAAUCUCCCACUUAACAAAACACAAACAGAAAUAGUACAGAGAACCUUCGCAGGGAACGCCGAGAUUGAGAAAAACAACGCUGUUAGAAACAAAGCGGUCUCGUUCUUUUCUCUUGCACUGGCUGUGUGCAUGCGAUUAAUGGUUUCUCCCAUCACCUGAGCUGAGAAUGGUUCAGCCCACUAUUCAGCCAGCCUACCCUGAAUGAGUCAUCCCGCCUGCCUCUGAUUGGCCGGCCGCUCUCCAUCCCGAGGGAUCGCCUUGCAGAAGGAAGCCGAGGCCUGACUCCAUUCACAGAAAACGAGGCUGCGCUCGUCCGCCGCCUCAUUCACAGCCACAGCGCCGUUCGCCAUCUCCUCCACUCUCUAGCAUCCUCUCUUCAGCAUCCUUUCUUCAGCUCGUCUCCCUCCUCACCUUCCUCACACGCCAGGCAGCAUCGUCUCUCUUUUUGUGUUGUCUCUAGAGAACAGAAACGUGCUGCCUCUCUCUCUCUUUCUCUCUCUCUCUCUCUCUCUCUCUCUAUUCGUUUUUUUUUUAUUCGUAGGCAGGCAGGAAGGCAAGACAUUGGGAGGGACCGCAGUGCGAAUGCUGCAGCAGCGAACGCAGAAGAGGAAGCUUAUGAAUGACUGACGCUCUCCUGAUGCACACUUCCUGUGGACGGUUUUUACAUGAAUGGCGUUUUUUUUUUUCCACCCUGGAUUAACGCCGCGGGCUUCUCUCUGCCAGCUGGCUCUCAAUGAAGCAGAGAAAGAUCGGAUCUUCUGAUUUAUCACGCCGUUCAUUCAAGAUACUGGACUCUGAUCACUUCUUAGCGUUGUGCCUUUUUGAUAUGACAUUCAAUUGUUCAGCAAGGCAAAAAAAACUAAGCUUGUCUUAGAGGAAUUUAUGAUUAAAGGUGAUCAUUACCUAAGGGAAUUUGUGAUUAGGUAGCAAGGGCUGUCAUUUCUGUGAUGCAUUUGAAUAUGUAGGGGGGAAAUCAUGGAGACGAACUGUUGAACAAAGAGGGGAAAACGUCUCUCGCUUUAUGCUGUGAUUUAGAGAAUUUGGUAACCAUGGAGAAUGCAGUGAUAUAAGCGCUGUUUAGAAUGAGGCACAUCAACACGACAGAGGCUCAGACACAGAUGAAUUUUUCAUUUUAGAUAAAAAAAAAUAUAUAUCGGUCCUCAUUUUCUUCCAAAACCAGAACCAAAGUGAUAUUUUUUUCUCAAUGAGAGAUUGCGGUUUGCCCUUAACGCUUAACGUGAGCUUCUGAUGGACCGUCUUUAUGGCACAGAAUCACUGAGCUUUGCCUUUCUGUCAGGUGUCUGGAAAAUUAGUCGUCAUCAUGGAGAGCAGCUCAACUUUGCUUCUUUGUCGUGGACACAGAAUCCGACAUCUCAGCGCUAGCUCUGUCACAAUACCAUUCAAUGUUGUCAUUUGAAAGACACAUUUUUUUCUUGUCAUGAUAUUCAUUUAGGUGGCUUUCAUUUAUUUAUUUAUCUAUCUAUUUAUUUAUUUAUUUAUUUGUGUUCUUCCUUUGCUUGCUGUUUUAAAUUUUUUUAUUAGUUCUCACUUGUUGUUGUUGUUGCUAAGGACAUUUAUGUUAAAUUGAGAACAUUGAGAUCUAUACAGCAAGGACAUAAUACCUGUUGUUCACUAUUCGGUAUUAUCCUUUUGUAACAUUUUCAUUCUGUAUAAUUUUUGAUCUGAAUUAAAGUAAGGCAUUCCUGUGGACGGUGACAAAAUAUCAUCAUAAGGAAAUUUCAGAAUCGAUCAGUCCUGAUGUGCUGCAAGUGGGAGGUUUUUUUUUUCUGCAACAGGAAGUGAUCUGCGGCGUUGAGUGAGUCUUUUGUUGAGAAGGGUUCUGUCUCUCUCUCUCUCUCUCUCUCUCUCUCUCUCUCUCUCUCUGCGAGUGAGUCAUGCGUGUGCACAGAUCUGCCAGGCUGCAGAGCGAGAGAGAGACAUCUCCUUCAUAAAGCUCUUUUCUCCUCUAUCGCCCGAACGCCAUCGCUGAAGAGGAGCGUCAACUAACUUACUCUAUUGUUCCUGCGUUUUUUUUUUUUUUUUCCCAUGGAUUGUUUGAGUUGUGGUGUAUUUUUGGCCCCUGAGGUGGCCUAGCGUGUGGGGGGUUUCGUAGCUUUUGCUUGAGCAGAUACUCACCAUAGUCGCCAUCACCACCAGCACCACCAUUGGUACCAUAGCUACAGCUCGGCACCGAAAAGGAGCGAAGUAGAAGGACGAAUACAGGCGUACUUGUACUUUUCCAUCCGUGAGGCUUUUUUGGCUAAGACAUGCCAGAGGAGCGGCCGGCGAGCACGGUGUCGCUUGUGCCCGUGCGCGCAUAGGCACACGGAGCCGGGGGCAUGCUGCAGCGCGCCAAGUACAACCGCUUCCGCAAUGAGUCGGUGACAUCUGUCGACGAGCUGCUGCUCCACGGCCUUCCCAUGAACGCCAAGGUGCCUGCUGGCGCCCCGGUGCCUGCUCCGGAGCCGCCGUACGCACCUCCUGCCGAGGCCCCGCCCCCUGACACAGCCGAGGACUCAGGCACCGCCCUGUGCACCCUCAUCAACAAGGUGUCCAGUCUUAAAUUCUCCAACUCUUCCGGCCUGCUGGGCAUCAAAAGCCUGCCGUCGGCCGUCAAGGACCUGGCUGUGUCCAAACUUCAGGGAGGAGGUGGAGGAGGAGGAGGGGGAGCAGGAGGAGGGUCCUCGGGUAGCCCGGCGUCUUCCUCCAGCCUCUCGGUGGCCACUGGGGGCAUCUCGUGCGCUUCUGCCACCUCUGGCCACCACGAGCCAGGCUCCAUGAGCACCGGGAAGAAAGGCAGGAUGGAGGAGGCGCAGCCUGGCGCAGAGGACUGGCACGCAGGUGGUGUGGGUGGCACUGGUGGAGAAUGCACAGGCCUGGUGAAUAAACCCUCACGAGGAUGGCUGCACUCCAGCGACAAGAUCGCCGGACCUGGAGUGACGUACGUUGUAAAGUAUUUGGGCUGCAUAGAAGUGCUUCGGUCCAUGAGAUCCCUCGACUUCACCACAAGAUCCCAAAUAACAAGGGAGGCCAUCAGUUUGGUGUGUGAGGCAGUACCUGGCACCAAAGGAGCACUGCGCAAGAAAAAGCCCCCCUCGAAAGCUCUUUCUAGUAUUUUGGGGAAAAGUAACCUGCAGUUUGCUGGAAUGAGUAUCAACCUGAACAUCUCAAUCAGCAGCUUAAACCUAAUGACCCCCGACUCCAAGCAGAUAAUAGCCAAUCACCAUAUGCAGUCGAUAUCCUUCGCCUCCGGUGGAGAUCCGGACACGACCGAUUUUGUUGCUUACGUAGCAAAAGAUCCAGUUAACCGCAGAGCAUGUCAUAUUCUGGAAUGUUCUGAUGGUCUUGCCCAGGAUGUGAUCAGUACGAUAGGGCAGGCGUUCGACCUGCGCUUCCAACAGUACCUUCAGUGUCCCUCCAACAAGCUGUCAGCUAUACACGAUAGGGUCCUGAGUGUAGAGGAGCCUUCAUGGACUGAGGAAGGAGAGGAGCCUCCUGAUCACUCAUAUUAUAACAACAUCCCUGGCAAGAUGCCCCCUCCUGGCGGUUUCAUCGAUGCACGGUUAACCAAUCAGACAGCAGAGAGCAGCCAGGGGGCCGGAGUAGACCAGACGUACUAUCAAGGCAGGCCUAUACUUGUCCAACAAGGAUCUUGUGACAUAUACAGUUUGCCCGAGGUCAAAGGUCAGAGUCCUAAGCUGGGCGAGGUUCCUACAUACGUGAACACGCAGCACAUCGAUCCACAGGUGCUGGCGGCGCUGCAGGGCGAAACAGAGGCAGUGUGUGAGCCAUGUGGGGGCGCCAUAGCCAAAGACAGCCCCAGGAAAGACCUCUUCGACAUGAAGCCGUUUGAAGAGGCGAUCGUGACUCAGUCCCCGUCAUCGUCAGUGUCUGUGUUGAAUAAGGCAUCGUCAGUGGAUAACUGCAGCCCGGUGCUGACGCGCUCGGCCCUGCGCUCCCUCCCCGAGCUCGAGCAGCAGAGCUGGUACCACGGAGAGAUGAGCCGCCACAAUGCCGAGAAACUCCUGCGCAGUGACGGAGACUUCCUGGUGCGCAAAAGCACUACCAACCCGGGCUCGUACGUGCUGACGGGCAUGCACAACGGCCUCGCCAAACAUCUGCUGCUCGUCGAUCCAGAGGGCACGGUACGAACUAAAGAUCACAUAUUUGAAAGCAUCAGCCACCUGAUUGGCCAUCACCGCGACAACAACCUGCCAAUCGUCUCGGCGGGAAGCGAACUGUGCUUGAAGCAGCCCGUCGACAGAAAACAGUGACGACAUCCCUCCGUAAAAAUAAAUAAAUAAACAACCUGCACAGGGGGAACAGGGUCAACCCUGAAACCUGAUACUUGAAGAUGAAUAUGAAUAUCGAGUGUGUGAAGAUGACGGUGGACGUAGUCAGUUUUACAGCGACGUCAUUUGUACGAUCGCUUUUGGACUACGUGAAAGAGAUCCGCGUGUAUAAAGACGACGCCUGAUUUAUAGAACUGUUCUAAUUAUUUUGUUGUGAUGACUGAAAUUCUAUAUUUUUUGAGAAGACAUGGGUGCAUUUGGGCUUAUCGGUGUUUUAAACUCAAAAGGCAAAAUAUUUGGAUGACUGCGAACUCUACGGGAGAUAAGAUUAAAAAAAAAAGUAUUUUAGAAUAACCUAAAAAAGUUUUAGUUUUAUCUAUCAAGCACAACCGGAUUUACAUGUUCGUUGGUAAGAGUUAGACGAGAUACAAAUACUUGAGGAAAAAAAAAAAAAGUUGUUUAUAUUGAACUAUUUUAGAAA